UUUCAUUCAAGUUGAAAUCCCUGGACCAACAGCAAGGGUUAAAUGGCAGAGAUGGAUUCCUAGACAGGAAGGUAAUUUUUUUGGGGGGGGGUCUCCUCUAGAGCAACAAGGCUCCUCCCUAUCCUUCUUUGGAGAGGUGCUGGAGGUUGCAGAGAGCGGGGGCAAAGGAGGUUUGCAAGGCUUUGCAGGAUUUUGCAGCAGCGGGAGGAAAAUUGCUCUCUUUCUGGCCAUGUCGGGGGGUGUCUUGAAGGAUGAUGUCAAACUGCAAGAUCGACCCCAGCCAGUGCAGGCUGGGGGCGGCGAGGGAUCCUGGGGAGGGAUCCUGCAGCGGAUCCUGGGUGAGGGGGGCACCCUCAGCUCAGAGGCGCAGCGCCAGCGCUUCAGGCAAUCCUGCUACCGAGACCCCGAGAGACCCCGAGAGUUUUGCAGCCGACUCCACCACCUCUGCCGUCUGUGGCUGGAGCCAGAGAGACACACCAAGACUCAGAUCCUGGAUUUAGUGGUCCUGGAGCAGCUCCUGGCCGUCCUCCCUGCGGAGACAGAGAACUGGGUGAAGGAAUGCGGAGUGGAGACCAGUUCCCAGGCAGUGGCCCCGGCAGAAGUUUUCCUCUGGAGUCAGGCAGAGGAGAAGCAAGGAGAGCAGCAGGGGAAGGACUCAGUCACGAUCUGGAAUCUGAUUGCAAAAUACCGCCUGGCCUCCAGGCAGAAUCUCGUGGAACUUUCAGGGGAUACUUUGGCCGUCUUGGGAGCCGCCUCAGAUCACAAGUCCAAGAUGGCCAAGCAAGACUCGGUUGGCUCUCAGGCAGGAGAAGAACCUAGUGCAACCCAGGCUGGGAGCAGUGGCGGAUCCUGGGAAAGAACCACGCCGGAGAUCCUGGAUGAGGAAUAUGCCCUCAGCGUCGAUGCACGGAGACAGCAUUUCAGGGAGUUCCAGUACAGGGAAGCUGAGGGACCUCAGGAGGUUUGCAGCCGACUCCACCAUCUUUGCCAUCAGUGGCUGAAGCCGGAGAGACACACCAAGGCUCAGAUCCUGGACCUGGUGAUCCUGGAGCAGUUCCUGGCUGUCCUACCCCCGGAGAUGGAGAACUGGGUCAGGGAAUGUGGAGCGGAGACCAGUUCUCAGGCGGUGGCCCUGGCUGAAGGUUUCCUCCUGAGUCAGGCGGAGGAGAAGAAGCAGAAAGGGCUGCAGGACCUAUUUUCGGAAGAGGCCGUGGACUUUACUGAGGCAGAGAAGGCUCCAUCAGACUCCGGGCAGAUCAAACAGGAGGAAGGUAGAGGUGUCACAUCACUGGGAGAUGGACGCAGCAGGAUGCGGGCAAUAUGUUGCGGUUCGUCUCUUCCUUGCGGUGGAGUGGAAAUUGCAUCUGUGCGGCUGGAUCAGGUGACUUUUGAGGAUGUAGCUGUAUACUUCGCAGAAGAGGAGUGGAGACUGCUGGAUCCAGACCAAAGGGUCCUUCACAAGGAAGUCAUGGAGGAGAACUGGGGGGUUGUUGCUUCUCUGGAGCGACAAGACUCUGGUGACCCCCAGGCUUCAGGAGACCUUCAUGCCACCCAGGCUGGGAGCAGUGAGGAAUUCUGGGAAAGAACCGUGCAGAAGAUCCUAGGUGAAAAGCAGGAUGGAGGAGAAUCAAACAUGGCGCUGUUGGAAAGUUAUGGAUGCAAAGAGGAGGAAGAACAGAGAGCAAGACCUGAGCUAAAACAGAAGAGCAGGAACGAAUUCUCUGCUUCUCAGGAAGGUGACAUCUGUGAGAUCCCAGCUGAAGAGAACCUUAACAGCAGAAAAGAAAGCAGUCAGUGUCCCGUGUGUGGCAAAAUGUUCAAAUGGAAAUCGAGCCUUUAUACCCACUCUAAGCUCCACACAGGGGAGAAGCCAUUCAAGUGUUCUGAGUGUGGAAAGAGCUUCAGUCAGAAGUCAACCCUCACAACUCAUCAAAGAAUCCACACCGGGGUGAAACCAUUUCAAUGUUCCGAAUGUGGAAAGAGCUACAGUAGAAAUUCAAGCCUUACUGCUCAUCAGAGAAUCCACACAGGGGAGAAACCGUAUGUAUGCCCGGAGUGUGGAGAAAGCUUCAGUGAGAAGAGAAAUCUCACUGUUCAUCAAGGAACUCACACAGGGGGGAAGCCAUUUCAGUGCUUGGAUUGUGGAAAGAGCUUCAGUCAGAUAUCAAGUGUAAGCAGACAUCAAAGAAUACACACUGGUGAGAAACCCUAUAUAUGCUCAGAGUGUGGGAAAAGCUUCAAUCAGAAAAGAAAUUUGACUGUUCAUCAAGGAACUCAUACAGGGGAGAAACUAUUUAAAUGCUCGGAGUGUGGAAAGAGCUUUAAUAGGAGAGACCGGCUUAUUUUACAUAAUAAAAUCCACAGAGGGGAGAAACCAUUUAAAUGCUUGGAGUGCGGAAAGAGCUUCAAUCAAAGCUCAAGCUUUACUUCACACCAAAGAAUUCACACUGGAGAAAAACCUUUCAAAUGCUUGGAGUGCGGAAAAAGCUUCCGUUGGUCUAGCGUCUUGACUUUACACCAGCGAAUUCACACAGAUAAGAAACCGUAUAGCUGCUUGGAGUGCGGGAAAAGCUUCAGGCAGAAGAGCAGUCUCACAGCACACGAAGGAAUCCAUACUGGGCAGAAACCAUUUAAAUGUUUGGAGUGCGGAAAGAGCUUCAGUCAAAAGAUUCACCUCACUUGCCAUCAGGGAACGCACACAGGAGAGAAACCAUUUAAAUGCUUGAAAUGUGGAAAGAGCUUUCGUUGGGCUACCUCUCUUACUUUACAUCAGAGAACCCACACAAGGGAGAGACCGUACACAUGCUUGGAGUGCGGAAAGAGCUUCAGUCAAAAAACCCAUCUCACUUAUCAUCAAGGGACUCACACAGGGGAGAAACUAUUUAAAUGCCUGGAAUGUGGAAAGAGCUUUUGCUGGGCUAUUUCUCUUACUUUACACCAACAAAUGCACACAGGGAAGAAAGCGUAUACUUGCCUGAAGUGCGGAAAGAGCUUCAGGAAGAACUCCAACCUUAGAUCACACCAAAUAACUCACACAGCAGAGAAACCAUUCAAAUGCUUGGAGUGUGGAAAAAGCUUCCGUUGGAACAACUCUCUUACAUUACACCAACGUGUUCACACCGGGGAGAAGCCAUAUGAGUGCUUGGAGUGUGGAAGGAGCUUCAAUAGGAAAUCCACCUUUAUAUUACAUCAGAGAAUCCACACAGGGGAGAAGCCCUUUAAAUGCCCGGACUGUGGAAAGAGUUUUAUUCGGAGAGACUCCCUCAUUUCACAUCAACACAUCCACACAGGACAGAAGCCCUUUAAAUGCUUGGAGUGCGGAAAGAGUUUCAAUCACAGCUCAAGCUUCACUUUACACCAAAGAAUUCACACAGGUGAGAGACCACAUAAAUGCUUGGAGUGUGGAAGGAGUUUUAACAGGAGAGGAACACUUAAAUUACAUCAAAGAAUCCACACAGGGGAGAAACCUUUUAAAUGUCUGGAGUGUGGAAAGAGCUAUAUUAGGAAAGACUCCCUUAUUUUACAUCAGAGAAUCCACUCGGGGGAAAAGCCCUUUAGAUGCCUGGAGUGUGGAAAUAGCUUUAUUAGAAAGGACUGCCUUAUUUCACAUCAGCAUGUCCACACGGGGGAGAAGGCUUUUAAAUGUUUAGAGUGUGGAAGGAGCUUCAAUCACAGCUCAAGCUUCACCUUACACCAAAGAAGUCACACAGGAGAGAGACCGUAUAAAUGCUUGGAAUGUGGAAAGAGCUUUAACAGGAAAGGGAUCCUUAAAUUACACCUGAGAAUCCACACAGGGGAGAAACCCUUUAAAUGCAUAGAGUGCAGGAAAAGCUAUAUUAGGAAAGGGUCCCUUAUUUUACAUCAAGGCAUUCACAUGGAGGAGAAACCAUUUAAAUGUCUAGAGUGUGGAAAGAGCUUUGCUAGGAAAGACUGCUUUAUUUCACAUCAAAACAUUCACACAGGUGAGAAGCCAUAUAAAUGUCUGCUGUGUGGCAAGAGCUUCAAUCACAGCUCAAGUUUUACAUCACACCAACAAACUCACACAGAAGAGAGACCACAUAAAUGCUCGGAGUGCGGAAAGAGCUUUAACAGGAAAGGGACCCUUAUUUUACAUCAAAGAAUCCACACAGGGGAGAAACCUUUUAAAUGCCUGGUGUGUGGAAAGAGCUAUAUUAGGGAAAGCUCCCUUAUUUCACAUCAGAGAAUACACACAGAAGAGAAACUUUGAAUGUUUGGAGCGCAGAAAGAGCUUCAAUCACGGGUCAAGCUUUUUAUCACACCAAAGAAUUCAAAUGUGUGGAAUACAUAAAGAGCUUCAGGAAGAGCAGGGACCUCAGUAGAUGUAUGCUCAGACUGUAGCAUGAUUUGUCACCACAGAGACAGCCUUAGAAAUCAUCAGAGUCUGCGCAUAGAGGAGCAACUAUAUACGUGCAGGCUUGGAAUGUAGGAAUGUCAUCUAUGAGCAAGCAGAAUAAAAGGGUCAAAUCACAUCGAAGAGUCCACCCAAUGGUGAAACCACGAAACUGAAGUGUGGAAAGAAAAUAUAAAUAAAUCUUCACACAGGGAGGAAGUGUCUAAAGAAAGAAGACUACUGCUUUUCUGACCAAUCACACUUUUAUAGCACACACAAACAUGAGACUGACAGUAUAAAUGUUCAGAUAUCUAUGAUUCCAAACAUGGUAUGUGGGGAAAGUGAUUAGGGCCAUCAUCUUAACGAGUACAAUGUUGUGAUUAGGCAUUUUCCUUGCCACAUUUUGUGAAUGAAUCAUGAUGCAGUAGUCAUAAAGGUCUUCGCCAACAUGG